CAUCCUCUCUUAUCUCUUUGCUAUCUGUUCCCCAGCACGCCUCAGCUGCCCUGGCCUGCUCCGCCGUCGCCGCCCCUCGUCAAGUCUCCACCGUCGCGUGCAACGCCAGCCCAGACCAGCCGGCGGUCGGCUGCGGCUCCACGCCUAGUGCAUCAUCGCCCGCAGGAGAAAAAGAUGUCAGCGUAGCAGGAAACCAAUAGCCACCGCUCUUCCCUUCCUCCCAAGUGAAUACUUCCCAAAAUCCCUAAGAGAAAAUGUAUGACUUCGGGCUUGGGUACCAUUGGCUGAAUCCUCAGGGCACCUUUAAGGUUUUCUGCAAGGCCAACAAGGGGCUCUGCCUUGCCGUCCGAGAUGGGGCCCUUGUCCUCGCCGCCACCGACCCCACUGAUGAGCACCAGCACUGGUUCAAGGAUAUCCGAUUCAGCCUGCGCAUCAAGGAUACAGAGGGCAAACCUGUGUUCUCACUCGUCAACAAGGCCACCGGCCUUGCUGUCCAGCACUCCCUCGGCUCGUACAACCGGGUGAGGCUGGUGAAGUUCAACCCAGAAGACUUUGAUGAGUCCGUGCUGUGGACGGAGAGCAGCCACUUGGGCAGGGACUUCAGCCACAUCCGCAUGAUGCACAACAUCAACUUGGGACUCCAUGCCUUGCCUGGCGACGAGGAGGGAGGUGGCCGUGUGCAGGAUGGCACCACCAUCGUGGUCAUGGAGUGGGACGAGAGUGACAACCAGAGCUGGAAGAUCCUCUCCUGGAAGGAUGAGGACAACACAAUUCUAGGCGGCCUGGAGGCUGAGCCCACCUGCCGCAUCUACUGCAAGGCCUACAAGGGCUUCAGUGUCACCGUUCGCAACGGCAUUGUCUGUCUUGCACCUACCAAUUUCAACGACAAGUUCCAGCAGUGGAUUGAGGACAAGAGGCCCGGGAACAUGAUGAAGGACGUGGAAGGCUACCCUGCUUUCACGGUCAUCAAUCGGGCCACCGGCGACGCCAUCGAGGCCUCUCUAGGCAAGGGCAACCCUUUGAAGCUUAAAGCGUACAACCCCUGCUUUCUGGACGAGUUUGUAUUGUGGGCGAAGGGCCGUAACAUGGGGGAUGGCUUUCGGUGCCUACACAUGCUGUGCAAUAACUCCCUCAACUUCAAAGCCAUCCAGGCCGAUAAGGACCAUGGUGGAGUGCACAAUGACACCUACAUCACGCUCUCGGGUUGGAGUACGGGAGACAACAUACAGCUUCUGUGGAAGAUCGUCCCAUGGUAAAUUUACUGUGCCGGAGGUGUGCUUUGGUCAGUGCUGUGCCCGUAUGUGCUUAAUUCAGUGCUGUCACUGACGAGAGAAGGGUCAACGAGCUGGAGUUGUCUAUGGGAAGUUGGAGUUUGUUUGAACUGAUGACUGAUGGUCUGAUGUCGUAACUAAUAACAAAACAAAAUGAAUGUUGGGCUUUGUUGCGCAUUUUGAGUUUGUACCUUGCUUUGGAUAACUCGUAUGUCUAUGUUCAAGCAGUUUAUUUGAAACGACUUCCUAUAUUCAAGUCUGCGUUGAGGAAGAUGAAAA